AUGUCAUCAUUGAAUGCUGACAGCAGCCUUCUACGAGAAGAGCAGUUCCUGUGCUCUAUCUGCCUGAAUGUGUUCACUGAUCCAGUUACCACUCCUUGUGGCCACACCUUCUGCAAAGUUUGUAUUAGUGGACACUGGGAUAACAGUGAGAUAUGCCAGUGUCUAAAAUGUCAGAAACGAUUCUAUGUGAGACCAGAGGUCUACACCAACUCUGUGAUAGAGGAAAUCUCUGUGCAUAUCAAGAGAAGAAGACUUAAUGUACCAGAAUGCUUAGCUGCUCCUGGGGAGGUUGCUUGUGGUGUUUGUUCUACAAGAAAGAUAAAGGCCCUGAAGUCCUGCCUGGUGUGUCUGACCUCUUACUGUGAGACUCACCUGGAGCCUCAUCAGAGAGUGGUGAAUCUGAAGAGACACAAGCUGAUCGACCCUGUGGAGAACCUGGAGGACAGGAUGUGUAAGAAGCAUGAUAGGCUCCUGGAGCUGUUCUGUAGGAGCGACCAGACAUGUGUGUGUCAGUUCUGUACUGAGACAGACCACAAGUCUCACGAUACUGUGCCCAUUGAAGACAUGGGAGCACACCAGAAGGGUGAGCUUGCAGCCGCUAAAGCAGAGGUUGGAAAGAUGGUCCAGGUCAGACAGAAGAAGGUGGAUGAAAUCAAACACUCCGUGGGGCUCAGUAGGACUUACCUGACCCUAUGUGCCCCUCCAUCCACCAAGGACUUUUCUGAGAUCAGUGUGUACUCAGAUCUGUGUGUUGGGAUAGUGAGGAGAGCCGUGUCCAAUCUGGUGGAGAUAUUCAAGAGAGAAUUGAAAACACUAACAGACAUGGAGGACGUCACCCUAGACUCGAACACAGCAAGUCGUUGGAUAUGCCUGUUUGAUGGUGGCAAACGCAUCAAAGACUCUAAAACACCCCAAAUCAUAUCUGACAACCCAGAGAGGUUCGACAUCUACCCCAUGGUUUUAGGAGAGAAAGGCUUCAACUCUGAACGCCAUUACUGGGAGGUUCAGGUGGGCCUAAGAAAUGACUGGGAUGUAGGCGUUGCCAAGGAAACAGUAAACAGGAAGGAAAAGGUCCAAAUUAACUCAGCGCAUGGGUUCUUUGCACUGGGAAAAGAUGGAUUUGAUUAUAAGGUUCAUUCCUCCCCCCUUAAGAAUCUUUAUCUGAACCCCAGGCCUAGACGAAUUGGGAUCUAUGUGGACUAUGAGAGGGGUCAGGUCUCCUUCUACGACGUGGAUGAAAAAUCUCACAUCUACUCUUUCACAAACCAGUCUUUCACUGAGAAACUCUACCCUUACUUUUACGUGUAUAGCAAGGCCAAAAAGUCAGAGGCAUUGGUCAUUUCCUGCAUGGAGGACCCAAGAGCACGCUACCUAUCACUCCUGCAAGCCGUCUCUAAAGCUAAAGAGUAA